ACAAAGUGACAAAGACCUAAAAGCAUCCCUAUCACUACUCUAUUAUUAGUACCUUAUAAAAAAAACUCUAAAAUAUAACAAAAUCGAGGUGAUAUUUCAACUAUUGACCCCAACCUAAAUUACAUGUACAUGUUAACUAGAUCUAUUAUAUAUCUAUUGUAACAAUAAGAUGUCAAGAGAUAGACCUCUGUAUACAAAGAUAAGUAAAAGAUAAAAAAUGAUGACAGUGGCCUUUACUAAUUCUACUAUGUGUGGUUAUGAGUUAUGAGUGGAUGUACACACACUGACUCUCUGAUCUACAAGAUGUCAUAUUAUUUAUGACUGUAUUAUUCAUAAUAGCUCUUUACUAUUGAAACAUAUAAUAUUGGCAAUAUUUAUGACAGUGAUACAUAUAAUUCGAGUAAGCCUAUACAGAGAAAAGAGACAGCUGCUCAAUAGACUUGAUAAAAUGCAGAACAUGUAUUGCCAAUUUCUGAGAGUGAUAUUAAGAGUUUUACUAAACAGCAAGAAGGACAGAAAAUUCAAUCAAUGUAAAUAGUGAUAGUAGUAGCGUCCAUGUGAAAAAUGUUCAGCAGUGUGCCAUGGACUAUAGUAUAAAGCUAAUAAUGAUGUUGAAACAGUGAUUUGUAUCCAUUGUCGUACCAGUAAUAAGGCUUAAGACAUUUCAAAAUGGCUGAGGCAGAAUACAGCCUUCUGUCUCUGGAUUUUGAGAAUAUGUCGACAGCAGAUCUACUGAAAAAUUUCAAAGUGUAUGCUAACUUUUCCAAAGGAAUCGAUGAAACAGAGUUUGACAUCUUACGCGAUAAAAGAUGGCAGAUCGGAAUAAUUUUACUUUAUGUAAUCGUUAUUGUGUUCGGAUUUAUCGGUAACUUACUGGUUGUCAUAGUGAUAGUCCGUUAUAAACAACUUCACACAGUGACUAAUAUUUUUAUUGUGAAUUUAGCAUUAGCUGAUAUAGCAUUGUGUUUGUUCAAUUUACCAUUUCAACUUCACUACCAAUUGACGGACAACUGGGCGUUUGGUCGCAUUCUGUGUCAUGUGAUCAAUCCUACAUUUGGUGUACCGGUAUUUGUGUCAAGCCUUUCUAUUCUUGCCAUCGCAAUAGAUCGAUUUAUUCUUAUUGUUUAUCCCUUUAAAAAUCGUAUGACCAACAUUCAAGCCAUGUUAUUGGUUGUGUUAAUCACCAUGGUAACUUUAAUAGUGGCUAUUCCAUUAAUGGUAUUUACAAAACUUGACAUCAUUGACGAACCAAUGAUACAACUUUAUAAAAUUUACUGUGUUGAAAGAUGGGAAGAAAAAUCAAAAAGAAUCUACGCCUUAUCUGUGUUUGUUCUACAAUUUGUGAUUCCAUUGCUGUUAACAACUAUAUUUUACAGCUUAAUCUGUGUUGUAUUAAAAAAUAGACCAAUCAAAAAACAUGAAACAAGAAGGAAUCGACGAACCAAUAAGAUUCUUAUAUCUGUUGUUUUAACUUUUACAUUGUGUUGGUUACCAUGGAAUAUCUUUGGUUUAGUGACAGAAUUUUUCCCCAAAAGUAUUCCCUUGAAAUAUUUACGUCUGACAGAUUUACUGAUUAAAAUAUUUGCGAUGAGUUCUGCAUGUGUGAAUCCAUUUCUUUACGGCUGGUUAAAUGACAAUUUCAGAAAAGAAUUUGGGCGACUUUUGGGAAGUGGUUUGAAAAAAAUUCAAAUGAAUGGAACAUAUGCGGAAUAUUCACGAACCACCGGUUAUAAUAAUACUUUAGAGCUCGGCACUCCGACAAAGAAAAGGAUAAUAAUCGAAGAUGAAGAAUAGCCAUUUUUUCUUUUAUUUUAUCACUUUGAUUCCCUGUGAUUUAAAUAAUAAAGACAAUAUUUUGUGUUAAUUUACAUAUGGGAUAAAAUAUUGAGGUGAUACUAUGAUAUAUGUAUUGUGUCUUAUAAUCAGAAGCAUGACUGAAGGAUAGACGAUACAGAAUGACAGCUGAAGUUUUAUAAAAGCGUAACAUAAGUCAAAGGCCCUCAAGCAGCGCUAUAUGAAAACAGAUAUCAUUUAAAUAGCAAGUGUGUAGUUUGUAAUUAGAUAUAAUAAAUGUGAUCAAUUAAUAUAGAUAGAUACUUUAUAGUGUGUCAAAUGGUAAAGUUAUGUUGGUUUUUUUUUUCAAAUUUAUAAUGUUACUACUACAUAUUUAACACCUUUAACAAUAUUUUUGCACUUAUUAAUAAUAAAUUUUGAAUUUUUUCUAAUUUAAUUAAUUUCAUUCAAGCUUAUUAUUUAUUU